UGAAUCAGCUGAAGAUUUUUUAUUAGCACUAAAGCUCCAGGCAGAGCUUUGCUCUUACGGUUUAUUUAAAGAUACAGCAAUACGUGAUAGAUUGUUGGCAGGUUUGAGAGAAGUUCCUCUUAAACAGAAGAUUCUCGGUGAAGCGGAUCAGUCGCUUGAGUCGGCUGAGAGAAUAAUUCAAACUUGGGAAGCAGCAAAGAAUAAUGUACAAAGUUUGUCAUCGGGAAUUAGUUCUGCUAUGUCUAUAGAACAGGUAGCAGCCAUGCAUAGACCUGGUGAUCCAGUCGGCCCAGCUAUGAAAAGAAUUUUAAACUUGAAUAAACUGAUAAAAGAGCAAGAAGAGAAGGAUAAAUUGCCAGUUAAACAAAGAUUAGGUUUCCAUGGGCCAAAUAGAAAAUGGAGUAACAACAAAGCAUAUACCGAUCAAAAACGUUUUCAGUCCGAUAAGCGCUGGAAUUCUACAAAUUUCAAACCAGCUGGGUUUAGGGAAGUCUAUAAAGAUUUUCGGGUUUGUGAUUUUUGCGGAAUAAGAGGACAUAUCAAGCGGCGAUGCUUUAAGCGUAAAGAUUUAAAAAGGGAAGCUAUCCACUUAGUAGAUCAAAUGAAACCAGGAACUUCAGGAACCCAAAGUCUGGCUGACUUCAUAAACACCAGGCGAUCGGAAGAGACCGACAGUGAUUCGGACGAAGGUGGAAAUUGGAAGCGUUCCAAUAAGCGCCCACAGGAAUCAGCUUAGGAUGGUGGAGUCGGACCGGUUACUUCGUCCAAAUGUAGCUUUUCCAGCCAGAAUGACUGGGAUCACGAAACAACCUGGAGAGAACAGUCGAAAGAGAAAGCUCAUC